AUGCGAGCGAGGUUUUUCCGAGAAGCGGCGCGAACGACGUCGAGUCCUGCCGCGUGUUGGUCGACAGCAAAACCUCGGUUACAAUCCGCCUCCGACUCCCGUUACAUAACACACCUGCAUUCCGAGAAUUCUCUCUCACCGGACACCGGUACUUACUGCAUCGAUUAUGUCACUUCUCAGCUGACGGUUACAGCACAAGGUACGAGUGAGGAUCCGCGCGAGGUUUAUCAGCGCGUGCUCACACCGCGCACGGUCGGCAAAAGCGGUCGUGUGAUAAAACGCGUGGGUUCGAGUUGCGGGGUCGAUGUAGGGGUGGAAGGGGCACGGAGGCUGCGGACUCACCGUGCGGAUGGUUACAUAAGUCGCUAG